CUAAACACUCAAUCAACCGACAAGAUGACCAGUCUCACUGCUAAGGACAAGGACACAGUCAGAGACUUCUGGGGUAAGAUUUCUGGAAAGGCGGGGGACAUCGGCACCGAUGCUGUGGCCAGGAUGCUGGUGGUGUACCCACAGACCAAGACUUACUUCGCCCACUGGAAGGACCAGAGCCCCAAUUCUCCCUCUGCGAAGAAGCACGGGAUGACUGUGAUGGCUGGAGUUGCAGAUGCUGUGACCAAAAUUGACGACCUGAAAGGAGGUCUUCUGAACCUCAGUGAGCUGCAUGCCUUCACUCUGCGUGUGGACCCUGCCAACUUCAAGAUCCUCUCCCACUGCAUCCUUGUGGUCAUGGCCACCAUGUUCCCCACCGAGUUCACCCCUGAGGUCCAUGUGGCCAUCGACAAGUUCCUGGCUGCUCUGGCUCUGGCCCUGUCUGAGAAGUACCGAUAAACAGCAGGAGAAGAUGGCGGAGACUGCAGCAUGAGCUCACUCUGCAUAUAAUAAAUAAAAAUGAAUGAAAAAAAAAACAAAAAAAA